AUGCUUAAUACUAGUGAUAGUUAUGUUCCCUUUUAUCUUACCGUAUUCGGAAAGUCAGGUAAUGGUUCACCUGAUAAAAACGUACAUUCAGAAGAAUCUACAUUAGAAGUGUCAGAAAAUUUUAGUAAUAAUGAUAUAAUAUUAUCAUCUAAAGAAAAUGAAAGCCCUCGUAUGGUUAAUAGACGGGCUAUACUUCCAACACCCGAAAUAAAUACUAUAAUUUCACCACAAACCUCCCGUAAUAUGGUUCCAUCAUUGCUUUCUCUUGAUAUUCAAAGACCAGAGGGUAUUUUUCAAGAAGAAGCAAAAAUUUCUAAUCAUAAAUUAGCUUCUAAAAAUAUUUUGCCAUCACAAUUAUUAUCCAAAUGUCAUCGUCCUUUAAAUAAAAAUAAAAAUUACCCCAAAAAAAUACAUUUAUUUGGAGAAGUUAAUAGUGAUAGUCAAAAGUUAUGGCGAGUUGACGGAAGGCCUAAUAAUAAUAUUAUAUCUAAAAAAUUAAUCUACACUCCGGCCAAAAAUUCAAAUGUUCAAAAUCCUUAUACUAAUGGAAUAUCUUCAUUUUUCUUUAACAAUACAAUUCAAGGACUACCAAAAUCAUGCCAUCAACAGAAAUUGAAAGUUCCUAGACAAAAUUGUCAUUUAAAAAGUAGUAUUAAUUACUCCAAUAAGAAAAAUGGUGGAGAAAAGGGUGUUAUUGAAAAGAAAGUUAUUUCAAAGAAAUGUUACAAUAACAACACUAAACAUAAAAAUGGAAGAAAAGUAGGAGCGAAUUUUGAGGUAUUUCAAAAAAAGUGCAAUACCUAUAAUGUUAAACAUUUUAACAAUAAUAUAGAUAAUUUUAUUAGAAGACCUGAAUUAAAACAUGAUUAUAUUCCUCUUUCAAAUAGAAAACCUUUAUUGCCUGCUCCUUUUAAAAAUCAACAUUAG